UAUUUUUGCGUGUUGAUUGAAGUAAUAAGUAGGUAGUGUAGUACCUAAUUAAUAUUGCUUGCAAAUGAAAAAUGUAUUUCAAAAUAAAAAUAUUCCUAUUCAUUUACACAAUUUUAAAUGCAGUAAAUAUAAAUGCGAGUGAAAAUGAUGAGCAUAUUAUCUGUUACUUUAAUUCACAAGCAGCUUAUGUACGGGGUUAUGGUAAAUUUGACAUUGAACGCAUAGAUCCGACCCUGUGCACUCAUGUAGUGUACAUGUCUGCUGGGAUUGACAGAAAUGGAUUUGUGACUUCCCUAGAUCCGGACCUGGAUUUACCUGAGGGAAGAGAUUUUUACGGGCAAGUAAAUGCUUUGAAGAAAGACCAUCCGCAUUUGAAAACACUUCUGUCUAUCGAUGUGGAUACUAUAAUAGCACGAAACCGAACCCAAUGGUUGAUCGGAUCCUCUAUACGUUUCCUCGGUGACUACGGCUUCGAUGGAUUGAAUUUAAAUUGGGGAGAAUCAACCAGCGACAGUUUCUUUGAAUACCUCACUAGAUUAAAAGUAAACUACGACGCAUAUGGUCUGCUGUUGUAUACAUCGGUAAAUUCGAAGAAUCUGGUCGGUUAUGACGUAGCAACUUUUUGCAGAAAUUUUCACAUAGUUGGACUGAAAACAUUUGACCUUCAUGGACCUUGGAAGAAUAUUACAGGGCACCAUUCUCCCCUCCACGCUGCCAAUGGGGAAGACGCUGUUGAUAGUACUCUAGAAUAUUUUCUUAAACAAGGUUGCCCCGCAAACAAAGUAGUUAUCGGUUUGUCGUCCUUUGGUAGGACUUAUACUUUGGUAGACGAAGACUUGUACAAAGUUGGUGCGCCCAGCGCUGGACUGGGCCAUUCUGGGAUGGAGACUGAGAUCCCUGGAUUCGUUUCCUAUUAUGAGCAUGACUACGAUUUGUUUGUAGGAAGAACAUGGAGGGUACACUUCGAUGAGUUUGCAGAGGUGCCGUAUUACGUUGAUACUCGUAGAUGGGUGUCCAUUGACAGUCCUGAAUCGUUGGCUAAAAAGGCCCAAUAUGCUCUGAGGAAGCAGAUAGCUGGGGUAUUAUUCUGGACUUUGGACACUGACGAUUUUCGCUCUGGUGUCCUCACAUACCCGUUGUUGAGGGCUGUCAAUGAGGCUAUAUCUGCAGGUUACACCGAGGUUACGACUGAAGAGGAACAUACGACAGAGGAAGUUACAGAGAACCCGACAACUGAAAUACCAACUGUUACAACUGAAAUACCUGUUCCGGGAGAGCUUUGCACCUCGGAAGGGUUCGCACCGCACCCUGCUGAUUGUUCCAAGUUUAUCCUCUGCAUGAGAAAUCCUCUAGGACAGCUGGUGGCCUAUGAAUUACAGUGUCCAAGUGUACAGGCGCUGGUGCAGAGUGUCUGGGACCAAGGAAGCUCCGUCUGCAGCCUCCCCCAGAUAGAUUACUGCAGUGCACCCACCUCUCUUCAAAAGUUCGCGAAUUUAAUACCUGUUAAAAAUAAUUAGCUGGUGAGGACUGGGUGUAUUAUUAAUUAUAUACUGUUAGAGAUAUAUAUAUAGAGAUAUAUUAUAAUAUAUAGUUUGUAUCCUGUUUUUCUUGUUCACAUACUUCAUUGCUUAAGUACUUGUUAAAAAUAAUAAUAAUAAACAAACAUUUUGUGGUUGCUUGGAAGAAAUUGCUUCAGAGCAAUAAAGCCGCCCAUUUGUACUGUUGUUAAAUAAGAUUUGUAUGUUUUGUUUGUAUGCAAUAACGGAUAUUUAAUUUGAUUUGAUUUAGACUAAAUUGCCUUAAAGGGCCUCUACGUGUUGGAUUCGACCCCACACACAUCUUCCAAAAGUCCGGGACUCCAUUGCACCGAGAUAUGGAAAUGACAUAAAAAUAAUAAUAAGAAAGAUGAAUUUUAUUUAUUAACUCUUACUUUAUUGCUCGUUGAAAUAUGGGUACUUAGUUCAUCGUGCUAUGUUAUAAAACCAUGAAAAGAUCACCUCAUCUUCACCCCCACAACCAAUUUACGUCUUUUUUGUACUAAACAUAAAAACCAAUUUUAUGAAAAGCUACCCUCACUAUAUGCAAGUAGCUACUUUUUCAUAGCCGCUUUAUUAUUAGGGGUGUAAAGUUUAAUAUCGAUUACGCUUUAUGAUGCAGAAGUCGUGAAAAAUGUUCAAGUAGGUACUGAACAGGAGGGCUUUAGUUGUUCUAACCCGUAGCCGUAGCAUGGAGCAGUGGACAAGCGCGCAGCACGAUGUUACUACAAGUACAAG